GGCUAGUGAACAGUGUCAGGGGGGCGUGGCCGGGGCCUAGUUGCACUUGAAGAUUACAAAUAUUAAGGUUGGUCGCUCGGCCGCACUGCCGCUCACACGAUGACAUCAUGACGUCAGGCGUCAUUUAUACCGCGUUAGCCUAGCCAGCCAGUCAAUUCAUUGCGGCCGCCGCCUUUCGGUGAGCACAACUUGUUGGCGUUGGCUGAAUUGCCUUGCGGAUACCCUGCACUGGACCGGGAGGCAUCGACUGGGUCAAGACCCCACCUUUAAGUCCCCGAAGAGAACCACCGAAACCAAGCCAACAUGUCGCACUCAGUGACCAUUACCCGCACCACCACCAGCACCACCAACACCUCCUACAUCGUCCUGAACACGGGAUAUUUGAAGACCUUCCCCGGAAUUCUCAAGCUCUUCGAGCUGAUCAUUGGUGCCGCCAUUGUGGGAAUUCUUGCGUACAACUUCAAUGACUACCAUGGUUAUUUCCGCAAGCAGGAGGAUCUGUUCCAUUACCUUAUGGGCGUCACCUUUAUGAUAGGGACGUUCUGCUUACUCCUCGCUUGUCUCACCUCGCUGAGCACGGGAGGAAUUAUUGCCAAGACAAUCUAUGAGCUGAUCUACCACAGCGUGGCCGCCAUCCUGAUCCUGGCGUCGUCCACCUUCCUGCUGAUCAAGAUACGAAAUACGAAUAUUCCCGAUUCCUUCAUGGUGGCCGGAAUUUUGGGCCUGGUCAACGCGGUACUGUACUUCAUCAGCGCCUUCCUGGCCCACCGAUCCUACCGCGGCAUUUAAGCACUAACCAACCACCAAACCCACCGCCCACUCGGCAAUCCCCCAGCCACUCAGCGAGUGUUCAAGUGGAAUCUGCAAUCUCGAAGCAUUUGUUCUUCCCACAUCUAACCAUCGGCCAUACGGAGGGACAGGACCACCAGGGAUAGAUAUAGAUGUACAGAAAGUGGGUGCCAAGCUGCGAAAUUAUUGUUGUACUGUGAAACGUUCUUUGGCGCUAGUUACACUUACUUAUACUUUUACUUUUACCGAUAUACACAAGUUUUUUUUGUCUCACUUUCUUUUAUACCAAACAACAGAUUGUCAUGUAAUCGAAUAAAGAUGUGUGUCUAUAUGUUUUUCUAGAAA